CAGGUACAAAGUGCAGAAGAAGAAGAAGCGGAGGACGGGGGCCGCCAUGCUCGCCCUGCUGCACCUCGGCGGUCGUAACUUCCUGGCGUCCGGCGCCGUUCAGACCGUGAACAAAAGCUAUUACUCGGCGCAGAUGGGCAAACGCGUGGCCGUGGUGCUGGCGGGCUGCGGGGUCUAUGACGGCAGCGAGAUCCACGAGGCCUCCGCUGUUCUGGUUCACCUGAGCAGGGGAGGUGCGAGUGUAAACAUGUUUGCCCCCAACAUUGACCAGAUGCAUGUGGUGGACCACCUGAAAGGCGAACCGUCUCAGGAGAAGAGAAACGUGCUGGUGGAGAGCGCGAGGUUGGCCCGUGGAAACAUCAAGGACCUGUCUAAACUCAGUGUCAAAGACCAUGACGCAGUUAUAUUCCCAGGUGGUUUCGGGGCAGCGAAGAAUCUCUGUACUUGGGCAGUGCAGGGGAAGGACUGCUCUGUCAAUGAGGAGGUCAGGGCCGCGCUGCAGGCGUUCCGCGGUGAGGGCAAACCCAUCGGCCUCUGCUGCAUCUCACCCGUCCUGGCUGCCAAGGUGUUUCCUGGGUGUGAGGUCACCGUCGGCCUCGAGAGGGAUGAUAGGUGA